UUUUAUUUUUGCUCUUUAGAGGAAGCCCAAGAUCACAGCUUCACGCAAGCUCCUUCUAAAGAGUUUGAUGCUGGCUAAAGCCAAAGAAGAAUGGGAACAAGAACAAGUGGACAAACAAGGAGAGAAGGAGAGAUAUUUGGCAGAAAGGAUAACACCUCUACAUACCAGUGGGCUUUCCUACUCCCAGCUCCAGGAUCUGUGCCGGGAGCUUCAUGAGAAGGUAGACAUUGUGGAUGAAGAGAGAUAUGACAUUGAAGCAAAGUGUAACCAUAACACGCGGGAGAUUAAAGACUUGAAAAUGAAGGUGCUUGAUCUUAGGGGAAAAUUCAAGCGUCCUCCCUUGCGCCGUGUCCGCGUGUCUGCAGAUGCCAUGCUUAGAGCUCUGCUUGGCUCAAAGCACAAAGUAUCUAUGGACCUGAGAGCCAACCUCAAGUCUGUCAAGAAGGAGGACACAGAAAAGGAACGUCCAGUAGAAGUGAGUGACUGGCGUAAGAAUGUGGAGGCCAUGUCAGGAAUGGAAGGCAGGAAGAAGAUGUUUGAUGCUGCCAAAUCACCAACAGGACAAUGAGAAGUCAUAUUUCUUUCAUAUGAAGAGCCCUUCCAUAAUGCCUACGUUUUCUUCUUCUUGGUGCUUCUUGUGUCUUACCAUUUUUCUGCGUUAUCUAUUGUUCCACAGCAUUUUUGGGUACUAGGGAAGAUACAAUCAUUCAUUUAGUGAUCCUUUGAAGUUACAAUGGCACUGAAAAAAGUGACUUAUGACCAUUUUUUACACUUAUGACUAUUGCAGCAUCCCUGUGAUCAUGUGAUCAAAAUUCAGAUGCUUGACAACUGCCGUGUAUUUAUGACAGUGUCCCAUGUCAUGAGAUUCAGUGUCCCAUGUCAUGAGAUCAGCUUUUGUAAUCUUCUGACAAGCAAAGUCAAUGGAGAAUCCGGAUUCACUUAACAACUAGGUUACUGACUUAGCAACUGCAGCGAUUCAUUUAACAACUGUAGCAAGAAAAGUUGUAAAAUGAGGCGAAAUUCACUCAACAACUGUCUUGCUUAGCAACCAAAAUUUUUGGGCUUAAUUGUGAUCAUAAGUGUAGGACUACCUAUACUGCAAUUCAUGCCAUCAGGCCAAUAGAAACACUUGCCUUCUUGCUAGCACAUGUCCACAUAAUGAUUAUUGCCACAAUUUGUCAGUACAGUACCAUCUCUGUCCUACAGAAAAGAUGGGAAUUCUCAGUUGAUGGCAUUUGAAUUGCAGAAAGAAAGCUGGUGCUUUAUCUGACAUCAUCCCAGAUCAGAUCUUUGCUCAAGAGAUGCCAUCACUUACUGACUGAAAUGCAGCCUAGACUGUAGCUACAGAGGCUUUAGUGCCUGAUUUAUUCAGCAAGAAAAUAUUUUGACCUGUUCCAUGAAAUACAGCCCUGGAUUUGUGACUAUACUUUCUCUAUAUUCCAUUAAAGAAAAACAAAAUGAGUAGCAUCAAGAACAAA